AUGGUGAAAACGGUGAAGAAUGCCAUCGCCUCUACAAGUACAAAGACAAUUUCAGAGUUGGAAAUGCUCCUAGACAACUUCUUGCUGCAAUACCGAAAUAUCGUACAUGCCACCACCAAAGAGAACCCAGGGAAACUGUUCAAAGCCGGAAGUUUACGGUCCUCACUACAAUGCGUGAAUUCAAGUGACAUCGUGCACUUCCGAGGAAACGAUAUGAGGCCAUCAAAAGGAAUCAUUAUCCGUAAGAUUAGUCAAGCUAUGAUUGAGAUCACCGACCUGACAGAUGCGACAGUUCACCGAUGCCACAUCAAUCACAUUCACUUUAAUGAAAUUCCUACUUCGGAUGAAGACCCUGUAAAGGAAACUCAAGAAAACCCGCCUUGUGCUACGCCACAGUCCCCUAUUCCGGAAACAUCUACUGACGAGAAUAGCCCAGUGACACUCCGACGACCAACCAGAAGAUCAAGUCAAAUCGACGAGGCUCUUUUGAGGGACAAGAUUUGUGGUGAUCCGGCCCUAUGA